AUGUUUAAUAGCAUAGUUGGGAUUAACUUUUAUUCUUUUUUGACAAUUUCUGAUCAUCUUGUACUAGGAAUAAUUAUUAUUGUUAGUUCUUAUCCAACAACCACCUACUAUGAUUAUAUUGAUACGAGAAAUUUUUCAAUCUUUGCUUUCUACGAUAGCACAAAUACAAUCAUUGCUAUUAAUGCGUUGUUCUCUUUUACUCUAGUUUAACUACCAAUCUAAAAUUCAAAUCUUCCCUGGGUCGCCAUUUUCCCGAAAUAUUUAGUCAUAAAAGAAAUAGUGAAGGCGUUGGUGGUGGCUUAUUUUAAUUUUAUGAGAACUGGGUUAGAUCUGAAAUCUUUCUCAAUCUCAAAUCUUCAAAAAGUAUAAAUGGGAAAUAGGUUUAAACAAUUUAAGAAGAACGAUGAGAAUCAUAACCGUCAUAACCAACUGAAUAAUAGUAAAAAAGGCAUAGGUAUUAAAAAUAUUGUGGGAGAAAGCUCUAUUUCUGUGAACAAAACUACUAAUAUCGAUUUAACUCAAGACAAUUUCAUACCAUUUAGUCACUAGAACUAUGAUGCAACGGAUUAAAAUGAUUCUAAUGGAGAUAGAAAAGUUAUCUCUAGACAAAGUGAUUGGAUCGAAGCCAGUUAGAUCAACAUAGAUUUUUAGCUUUAAGAUGGGUUAGAAUAAAAAUCUAUUUCUGAAAAUUAAAAGGAAAGAAUAGUUUCACAACCAUAUGCGUCUCCACUAUCAAACCAUGAUCAAGUUCAAACUUAUUCAUUUGAUACUAAUCUCAUAGUGACAGGAAUCUCAAUAGAUGAUAUGUUCAAAGAAGUAUUUGAAAUUGAGAACAUCAAUCAAAAGAUGAUGAAUAACUCGCACAUUCUUUUGAAUAUUCAUGGCAACUCAAACUAAUAGAAAAACUAAGAUAAAAAUAUGCAAGGCAAAAAAAUUAAAUUUAAAGAUUAAAAGGAAGCUUGA